UCUGAUCCCGCUUCGCUCACCGUGGUAGGCGAGGAGUGAUUUGCCUCGUUAAUGCAAUGGCGACUUUAGGAGUUGCUUUCGUCGGGUCAUGCACGCAAUCACCCCUCGGAACCUGUGUCACUUCCCAGUCAAAAGUCUCAAACAGCUGGCAACAGCUUACUUCUCCCCGCGUUUUCCUUAGCGCCACGGCUCUCCGGCAUCGUGCGCAGAAACUCCCGCUUCCUGCUCGUUCCGUUUCGCAACAAUGGAAUGGCAGACCGUACGUUCGAGUAUCAGUGGCGAAUGCAGGCAUUUGUAUCGCGUCUACUUCUGUCGGAGACGUGAACGAGGCGAUUAAGGACGCCGCUAAGGAGGGUGACGUGUCAAUUGUGAAGCAGCUACUGGCGGGCGGAAAUGUCGACAUUAAUCUGCCUAGCGCUGAGCGAUCCGGCUGGACAGCUCUGCACCUGGCGGCUUUCUAUGAGCAUCCAGAGAUCGUCCAGGUGCUUCUGGCUGCCGGUGCUGACACCGAGGCUCGGAACGGCACCGGGAACACUGCACUUCAGUUCGCAUGCCUGAAGGGCAACUUGGACAUUGCUCGCAUGCUAUUGGACGCUGGCGCUGACCUGUAUGCCACCAGCGACGACAAGGGCAACGCUCUCGAAUAUGCUCAAGAGUGGGGAACUGAAGAAAUGGUUGACUUCCUCCUUGUUCGUGCGGCGACAGAACAUAAUCAAGAAUGAAGUAGUCUCCUUAGUUUCUCCAUUGUCGCUGGUCUGUGACGUAACGUGCUAUUUCCAGAUCCGUGAACAGUGUGGCUACAACUAUGGCGGCAGGUAAUAAUGAUGCACUGGUGUUGUGCCUGGUAGCUUUUAUUGGGCUGAGAAAAAGCCCUUAGGAUCUUUUCAGAGACUAAGUCCCGGCUGUGAAGACUUGAGACUUUGAGUAGUGCAGCGGAAGUUGAGACGGUUGAACCCUUGUACUAGUAUGU